AUGGAUUCCAGGUCGGUUCCCGUCAAUGACGACCUGUCGGUUGGGGACGUGUUUAGUCCCCAGGCUGAUUUAUCCCGGUCUUUCAAAGCUUCAGGCAUCCGUGAGGAGCAGGUUGCUGGCUUUAGGAUGGAUAAUCGCAGUCCUUUUGGCGGGCAGGAUGGGGAACCUGAUCCACACGGACUAGCGAUGGACGCCAAUGUGCUGACAGAGAAAGCGCGGCGUGGCAAGAAGAAGAACAAUAAGAAGAAGGAACAGGCCACUAAAGCUGCUCCUGCGCUUUCGACGGUUCGUGGCUUCUUCACGCCUAUGGCUUCCGGAGAUGAGGAGUCGGAUUUCUCGACUACUAGCUCUAAAGCACGGAGCCCGCAGCUCGCUCCUAUUGCAGCAGGUGGGAACAGCCCAUCAGUACGUCCAGUCUCUUCUUCUCCUGGCCUCAGUGCCUUGACACAUCAGCUUGAUGCCUUGAACUUGUCUGGUAAUCGGCGGCCGGGCUCUGGAACUCCAAGCAACGCCAGUGUCUGCUCGGACAGUGACCAAACAGAGGUAUUGACCAGUUACGAGGUACCUCUGGAGAAUGAUUUCGUCAGCCCGGACGCAGCUGCCGACGAGAAUCGACAGGAGAUUUCAUCUGGCGGAAAAGAAGAACUGCGCAGUCAGCUUCGCCGAAAAAUGACCACGGAUGACUUCCAGCCAUUGCUGUGCCUCGGCAAGGGGGCUUUCGGCACCGUGUUGCUGGUGCGCCACACAGUUACGGGCAAAUUGUAUGCGCAGAAGCAAUUCCGGAAGGCCUCAUUGACAGUGCACAAGAAACUGGUCGAACAGACAAAGACGGAGCGCAUGAUUUUGGAGAGCAUCAAUCGUCAUCCUUUCGUAGUUAAACUGUUUUAUGCUUUUCAGGACCACGAGAAGCUAUACUUGAUCCUGGAGUACGCGCAGGGUGGUGAGCUUUUCACUCACCUCGCCAUGGAACGCAUGUUCGAUGAGGAUGCGGCGGCCUUUUAUAUGGCGGAGAUGGUUCUGGCCCUUGAGCAUCUGCACCAGAACGUGGGCGUGGUCUACCGUGACCUGAAACCGGAGAACUGCCUCCUAGACGACCAGGGCCAUCUCCUUCUGACCGACUUCGGGCUCAGCAAAAUUUCAGUUGAUGACGAAGAUCGCUGCAGUUCUUCCCUGGGGACAAUCGAAUACAUGGCCCCCGAAGUCAUUCAAGGCAAGCCCUACGGUAAGGCCUGCGACUGGUGGUCACUAGGUGCGUUAGGCUACGAUCUCCUUACCGGAUCGCCACCAUUCAAAGCGAACAACAACGCCAAGCUCCAAGAAAGGAUCCUCAAACAGAAACUCACGCUCCCAUACUUCCUGGGUCCGGAUGCGAAGGAUCUUCUGACCCGUCUCCUCCGCAAAGAGCCUUCCAAACGCCUCGGAUACCACAUGCCCAAGGACCUCCAGACGAUCAAGAAACACCGAUUCUUCCGCAAAAUCGACUGGAAGGCUCUUGAGCGCCGCGAACUCAGUCCGCCCAUCACACCUGUUAUCACGGAUCCCGCCCUCGCGGAGAACUUUUCCAUGGACUUUACGCACUUGCCGUUGAGCCCGGUCGUAAGCUCGAACUUCAUGGAUGACCAUCUUGGCGGCGGGAGGUAUGCAGGGAGCCCGUCUGGCAUCGGUGCUGAAGGGGCUAUCUCCGUGUCUGCUGGUAAGGGGGGAGGAGCCGAAUCAGACCCGUUUGGGGGAUUCAGCUUUGUGGCUUCGAACAGUUUGCUUGAUCAUGGACUUGGGAUUAUAACUUCUUCGCAUUAG